CCGAAGAGAGUCCUGCGUUCUAGGGUCCUCCGUGGUUAUAUUUAUAUUUUAUUUAUUGCAAUAGAUAUUACGGAGGCUAUUACAAUUGAGUUGCUAGUAUGUUUGUUUUUCUUGGUUGGAGACAGACAGUGAGAAUAAUUUUUAAAGUUAGGACUUAUUUAAGCAAUAGCUCUUAAUGCUGCCAAAAUCAUGACACAUUAUUGGUGGAUGCACUGGUUUUGGAUAACGUUUUGGUUCUAUCACCAAUUUAUUAUUGUAUUUAGUCAUACUUUGCUGGCCACUCUACAUUCCAACUCCACCAUUCAACUGCCCACCACUAAGCUUAAUGUGUCUGAAAAUUCCUCCCAAGAAAUAAUUCCGCCCAAAAAUCUAAGUCCUGUAGUUUUAAGAAAUAUUACUCAGUAUGCCAGGAAUGAAUCUACCAGGAUGCCUAGGCAAUUUUUGAGAAGAUUGGGAGCUUUCCCUUCAAACAAUGUUCCAAUAAAAAUAAAUGCAAGUGAUUCAAAUAAUACCACAAUAAAAGAUUUUGUAGCUGUGAUAAACAACACAUUUUCUGAUAGACUGGACACCAAUUUUACAGAUUUUAAUCACAAUGCUAGUUCAAACAAUCACACUGAAAAUAUUACUUAUCUAGGGGAGGAAUUUGGAUUUAAUCACAGUUUUAUACAGUCAGAAAGAAUAGGUAUAGAAGAACCCGCAGAAAACGAUGAUAACUUAGGUAAUCUCUCCGCUGCAGGCAUAACGGGCAUAACCGUAGGUUGUAUAGUAAUAGUUGGUGUUAUUUGCGGUGCGAGUUUUUUUGUGUACCAAUACCAAGGAUUCAACAGACCCCAAGUACUUAAUGAUAGAUGUAGCAACCCAGAUUCCAGUGGAUAUAUUGAUGAUGCUUCAGUAAGAGACAAUUCAGAAGAGAUGUACAGCUUGGAUAAUGAUUCUUUCCUGAACAGUCUGGAAGCAAUGACAAUUCAAAAUUACUGGACCGACACUGUCAAACAUACAAAGUUGUAGGUUGUAGAUAUACCCUAAGUAUGACUUAUUUUGUGUAUAGUAUUUUUAGUAUCUGUGAUGCAUAUCAGUAAUAGUUUUGUAUUAGUUUAAUAAUAUUUAUUUAUACCUUAUUAGUCUUAGGUCUUUUGGCAUUAAUAAAAUUAAUUGAGAUUAAGAAGAAAUAUAUGUUGUGCAGCUAGUAUAUUGUAGGUUUAAUAUGAGAUAUAUGGGGCAAGAUAAUGUGUAAUUUACAUGCCAAAAGACUUAUUGAGAGCUUUAAUAUUUUCAAGAUCUUCCUCAUGAUACUAUUAUUUACUAUUUAAUGUUUUUUUUUCGAGAAAUUAAAACACUCUUAUUCAUAAAUGGCAUUUUGCACCAAAUAAGUUUUUUUUUAAAUGCAGAACAGCUGUUUAUUUGUCAUAUAACGAGAAAAAACAUUUCAAUAUUUUUAAGCAAAAUAAAAUUAUUAUUUAGCCUAAGAUCAAUUUUAAAGACAAAAAAGUUCGAUUUUUAUUUCAUUUCAUUUCCAUAAAAUUCAUUGUAUUUUUAAAAAAAUUGUCCUAUGGAAUUCUAAAAAGUAAUCGAAUACAAACUUGAUAAUGCAAUUAUGGCUUCCAAGAUAAUUUUAAAUAUUGUCAUGUCAGAAUUGAUUUAUACACGUUAUAUGGGCUGCACUUAGUCAUAUAACAUUAAAAGAAGUUAUCAAUUUUGACAAAAUAUUUUAAGUUGUUUUUGGAAAUUAUAGCAUAUUUGGGUCUAUUCUUUUAAAACACACUGCUUACAAAGUCAUAUUUUACAGUAUUAGUACUCUUUAGAUUUUUAGGAAACCAUGUACUGCUUUUUUACAUUUAUGAUUUUUCUAUACAUUUUUGUUGCAUUUAUUUAUUGACUACUGUUAUUUUUUUGUUGUAUAAUAAAUUGUUGCAUUUUUGCUCUGCUAUAGCACAUGUUUCUCCCUACUGCUUAAACGGUAAUCUAUUGGCACGACUAAAUGUUAAUUUUGAAAUAUAUAUUUUUUAAGGCAGAUGUGAUCAACAAUAAUAUGAGCGUUACUAUCUUAUGUAAGUUAACUUGAACAAUAAAUAAAUCAUUUUUUAGAGCGUAUAUUACUAUCUAUCUUUAUUCGUUGUGCAAUAACAAAUAACCUCAUUAUAUAUAUUAGUUAAAGGCUCUCAAAUAGCUCCCAAAAGGUUGUAACAAAUCUUUAAGGUUUAUUUACUUUAGGUGUAAAGUUUAUAGUUUUAGGUGUUACGAGGUAUUAGUAAGGCAAAACUGUACUAAAAUGUUACGACCUAAUAAAACGAGUUCAAUUCGUGAA